AUGGAGGCGGAGGAGGUCAAGAGACCAGGAAUACUCGGUCCAUCACUGAAGGUAGGAGCUGCAUGUGGCACACUAGGCUUCCUCCAAGGCGGCACCGUAGGCAUCCUCCGAGGCACAACCCCCUUCCUCUUCGCCACCGUCUCCGGCAUCCAAACAUUCUCCCUCGGCUACACCUUCUGGUACUGCCGCUCCCUUCUUCUCCGGACAAGACUCGCGGCAAACCAAAAACCCAACGAUCUCAUAACAGUCAGCACCCUAGCCGGCGGCCUCUCCGGCACCCUCUUAGCCGGUCUUACCCGUGGCCGUAACAGUCUUCUCCCAGCCGCGAUAAUGUGGUCGCUUACCGGUGGCGUGGGCCAGGCUGCUUAUACUAAGUGGGAGAGUAAAACCAUCGAGGACGUUUCGUCUGAGAGAUCGAAGGGGUUUUGGGAGCGGAUUGCGGCGAAGUCUUGGAGUCCGAUGAAGUUUAUCAGUAACGAGGACUAUGCUGAUAUGCUGCGGGAGAAGGUGUUGAAGCUGGAUGUGGAAAUUGCAGUUAUUGAUGAUAGAAUUGAGGCAUUGAAAGCGGAGGGUGUGAAGAAGGAGAUUUUGGAUCAAAACAGCGAGCCUAAUCCUGGUUCUUGA